CCACACCUCCCACCCACCUACCUCGCUUCCGCCGUUGACCAUAGCCUGAGCAGGAUCUUUGAGAUGGAGGAAGAAGCUCUGAGGGCGGCGAUGGAAGACGCCUUUCUGGAGGGUGCGGUUGAAUGGCGAGCGGACACCAUCCUCCAGACCCUGCGGAUGGACAAGCUGGAUGCGUGGAUCCGCGGAGAGGGGCUUGCCGAUGAGAUCGAGGGGCUCAAAUCUGAGAUCGAUGAAGUCAUGGCGGCGGUAUCCUAUGUCAAGGGGAGGGCGGUAGGCAACAGGCGGAUGGCGAGGUCUCUCGCGGCGCUCAAGCAGAAGCUCUUCGACGCCGAUGACGCUGUCGACGAGCUCGACUACUACAGACUUCAACACCAUGUCGUCGAGGUCGAAGGAGGCCAACACGCGCUGCCGUCUUCAUCCAACGCGCACAAUCGCUUCGCUUCCGAUGGUGUUACCCAGUCUUUCACCACAGCCACAACGACUACCGCUGCAGUCACUUUGCAGGAGCCAGAAGGCAUGCAUGAAGCAGCGCGAGUAGAUCAUGGCACAUCGAUGGGCGAUGGUGAUAAUAUACUACCGAGAAGAGGUCAUAGCAAGAAACGGUCCAAGGCAUGGGAUGGUUUUGACGAGAGAUAUGACACUGAUGGAAAGACCGUGGGGGCAGAAUGUAGACACUGUAAAAAGAAACUUAAAUACGACGGUAAACAAGGGCCAAGAGUCUUGAUGACUCACUCCAAUAGUGCCAAGUGUAAGAAUACGCGAGAACCACGUCUCCAGCCGCCAAGCCAUUCAAGCAUGGAUGAUGCUACUGAAAAUGCUACCCCCGUUGCUGUCAGUAAUUCACCCAGCAUACCAAGGAUGGGAACGAAUCCAGAGCCAACACAAAUCACCGCAGCUGUUGCUCACCCUUGGAAUAAGGACGAAAUUUCCAGUAAGAUACAGAAAAUAACUCAUCAGUUGCAAGGCAUCCGAGGGGAUGUGACAAAGGAUCUCAACAUGCUUGGGUCACAUUAUGGUGCAAGUUCAGCUCACCAUCAAAGUACAGCCUCAGAUCCAAGCCGAAGAACAUCAAGUCUUCUUCAAGGCAAAGUGUAUGGGAGAGACAAAGAGAAGAACACCAUCAUACAGCUGAUGACUGCUGGGAAAUCUGACAGUUUGACUGUUGUGCCCAUUGUAGGCAUUGGAGGUACUGGGAAGACGGCUCUCGCGCAAUCUGUAUAUAAUGAUCCGAAAGUGCAAAACCAAUUUGACCACAGCAUAUGGAUUUGGGUGUCUAAUAGCUUCGAUGAAAUGAGACUCACAAAAGAGAUGUUAGAUGUUGUCCCUCGAGAAAAGCACGAAGGGUUGUGCAGCCUUGACAAUCUUCAGCAGGUCUUGAAAACUCAUAUUGAAUCAAAGAGGGUUAUGCUUAUUUUAGAUGAUGUUUGGGAUGACAUGAACAAUUCCAGAUUGGACCUAAUACUGGCUCCCUUCAAGUCAAACAAUGCAAAUGGCAAUGCGAUCCUUGUGACGACCAGAUAUCUAUCCGUUGCAAAAAGGAUAGGAACAACUGAACCUGUUUUGUUAUGUGCUCUGGGAGAUGCCGAUUUUUGGUUACUGUUCAAAGCACGAGCAUUUUGUGAUGAGAAAUAUGAAGGAAAUCUAACAAAUAUUGGACGGGAAAUAGCAGGCAAGCUAAAAGGCAACCCAUUAGCAGCAGUAACUGCAGGGGAACUAUUAAGAGUUGAUCUUACAGUUGAUCACUGGACUAAAAUUCUCAAGGAGGAAGAUUGGAAAUUGUUGGGGCUCAGUGAAGGUAUCAUGUCUUCUUUGAAGCUUAGCUAUGAUCAACUGCCGUACCAUUUACACCAAUGCUUCUCGUACUGUUCUAUAUUCUCUGAUAAUCAUUGGUUUCUUCGUGAAGAGUUGGUACACAUGUGGAUUUCACAAGGAUUUGUCAAGCAGAGCCAUCCAAGUAAGAGAUUGGAGGAGAUAGGAAUGGACUAUUUGGCAGAUUUGGUGAACCUGGGCUAUUUUCAACAAGAUGGAAUAGAAAAUUCAUAUGUUGUGUCUGGUCUUAUGCAUGAUUUUGCAAGGAUGGUUUUUAGAGCUGAGUGUGGGGUUGUAGAUGGUAUGCAAUGCAAUGAUAUGUUACCCACUGUACAACAUUUGGCGAUAGUUUACAAGAGAGAUCAGCAUGGUUACAUGUCUUGUAGGAGCAAGUUUGAAGAAGAUUUGAGAAAUGCAGUUACAUCCGUGAGAAAACUGAGGACAUUGGUGUUAAUAAGGGAAUCCAGCUGUUCCUGUUUCCAGUCCUUCGGUGACAUAUUCCAGAAGGCACAUGAUACACGUCUUCUACAUAUAUCUUCAAGAUUUGCAGAAUUUAAUCCCCUCAUGUGCAGUUCUGUAAAUCCUAUUCAUCUUCGCUAUGUAAAACUUGAUGGGUGUGGAGAUUUGCCUCAGGUUUUGAGCAGUUUUUGCCACCUCCAAGUAUUACAUCUCGGGUCAGACACUGGUCUUAAUGUGCCUGAUGGCAUGAAUAAUCUUGUCAGUUUGCGGCAUCUUUUUGCACCUUCCAAUUCCAUUGCUAGAAUUGGCAGAUUAACCUCACUUCAGACACUAAACAAUUUCCGCGUACAAGAUUCUAAUGGCUUUCAGAUUACAGAGCUUCAACCCAUGAAUGAUCUUGCCCAACUUGGGAUUUCUGGACUUCCAAAUGUUAAAACUCAGGAGGAGGCUUGCGGGGUAGGGCUGAGAUAUAAACGAUACUUAGAAAAGCUGCACUUGUCCUGGAAUAUGUCAGAUGUUGAAUCCGACUCAGAUGGCAGCAAUGAAUCUGACUCAGAUGACAGCAAUGAAUCUAAGAAUGUCAUGAGCUCUGAACCUUCUACCAGCAAAGAAACAGAGGAGUGCUUGCCAACAGAGGUACUUGAGGGUCUAAAACCACAUUACAACCUGAAACAUCUUCAGAUAACUGGGUACAAUGGUGCUGCCUCUCCAUCCUGGCUUGCUCGCAAUAUCUCUGUUACCUGUUUACAGACUCUGUAUUUGAAUGGCUGUGGAGAAUGGCGGAUACUUCCAUCUUUGAGAGGGCUUCCGUUUCUUGCAAAUUUAAAGUUGAGAAACAUGCCAAAAGUAGAAGAAGUAUGGGUUCUUUCAUUGAAGAAGUUGGUGUUAGUUAAAAUGCCAAAGUUGGAGAGAUGCUCAUGCGUUUCCUUGAGGGACUUGAAUUCUUGUUUAAGGGUUCUGAAGAUUAAGCAUUGCCCUGCACUGAAGGUGUUUGAUCUCUUUGGGAAUGGCCAUGAAUUCAAAAUUGAGCAGAAGUCAUGGUUGCCACGCCUUUGUGAGCUCACUCUAAAGAACUGUCGUCUGUUGGUGGUACCAUACCCUUUACCAUCUGCAAGUACUGUCUGUAGUAUUUCCGUGAGCAGAGUCUCAAAAUUUCCAACAAUAGAAGUAUGGUCCUGCCGUUUAACCAUAGGUGAGGAUAUUUUUGGGCGUGUACCUUUGUAUGAGGAUUAUUUUAACAAGUUUACUGAUGAGCUGUUCGUGUUAGAUGGAAAUAUUUUGGCAUUCCAUAAUCUAAGAUUCCUGACACAGUUGAUAAUAGGUUGUUGCCAAAAACUAACGUCUAUUUCACUCAAAGGAUUAAGUCAACUUGAAUCAUUAAAGACACUGAAAAUAAAGGGCUGUGCCAGGCUUUCCGGUCUCGAUGCUCCACCAGAGCAUGCCCUCCCAUCACUCGAAUAUCUAGAGAUUGGGGCAUGUGGAAUAGCGUGGGAGUGGCUAUCUCUGAUUCUGCAACAUGCGCCAGCACUAACGGAAUUGGAUUUAUGGGACUGCCCAAAACUGGGUUCUCUACAACUGAACUCCUGCACGACACUGCAAAAGUUGAGCGUAGAUAUCUUUGAAUCGCUCGGCACACUAGAGCUGCACUUUUGCACGGCAUUGGAAGAUUUGUUCAUCUGUGAAGCUGCAGUCUGCGUGCUAGAGGGCUCGCAAUCACUCAGGAAGUUGCGACUCCAUGACAGCCAUUAUUUGGAAUCUCUAAAACUGCACUCCUGCACGGCACUGGAAGAGUUGGAUAUUCGGAGCUGUACAUCACUCUGUACACUAGAGGGCUUUCAAUCCCUUGGCAGCCUCAGGCGUUUGUAUCUACGUGAUUGCCCUGGCUUGCAUUCAUUUUUGGAGGGUUUGCCAGAGCAAGAUUACAAUUUAUGCCCUCGACUGGAAUUUCUUGAUAUCAGUGGCUUCUCUUUCCUUGCCACACCGUUCUGCAAGCAACUCACGUCACUCCAGCGCCUAGUUUUUUGUGGUUUGGAUGGAGAAAAAACAGAAGAAGGACUAACAGAUGAGCAAGAGAGAGGGCUUCUGCUCCUCGGUUCCCUCACAGAGCUCGAAUUUGAGACUUAUGCGCAUCUUGAAUAUCUUCCCGCAAGCCUGCACAGACUUCGCUCCCUCCAGGUGUUGGAGAUUUCAUUUUGUCCGAGCAUCUCAGGAUUGCCGGACCUCCCGCCUUCUCUUGAGGAGUUGAGAAUCUUCCAUGGCAGUGAGGAGCUGAAACAUCAAUCCAUAUCGCGGGCAUCAAGCAAGUUAAAGGUCAAAAUUGACGGCCAAUAUGUGAAUUGAUUACUCGGUGGCUUGUUAAGCACAACCUGCACAGCAGACAUAGUUGCACACUUGUACUGCUUUUGAGGAUUGCUUUCACCUCAGAACCUCAUCCUGAUGCGAUCUGUUUACUGACAUACAGAUAUAGUUGCACAGCCAUCCCUCCCUCGAGGUUGGAGAUCUGAAGAUAUCAGAUUGUGUCAAGGCUGCUGGAAAUGGGCCUCCCACCUUCACUGGAAGAGUUGGACAUCUUGCUUUGCAGUGAGGUCCUGAACGAUCAAUGUAGAAUGCUCACAACAAGCAAGCUAAAGGUCGGCAUUAAUUUCCAAGAUGGGAAUUGGUUAGUCGUUGUCUUGUUAAGCAUGAGUUUGUACCUGCACAAAAGAUAUCGUUAUACUUCCUAUGAGUUCCGGGACAGGUUUGCUGCCUUGUCAACUCGUAGCAGUCAAUUUCCUGUCCAAAAGAAAAGAUAGUAGUCAACAGGAGCUCUGAGACACAAUUUCUGAAAAUGCAUCGUGUUAUUCAUCACAAGUUGGCCUGAACAUGCAUUAGGUUGUUCAUCACAAGUUGGCCUGAAGAAGCUUACAAAACUUUCCGGAAAUACACUGCAGCUAUACUAAUGCACUUUAUGUUUCUGAACUCCACCUCUUAGGUCUUAGCCAGCAUAUGUUGCUCCGUCAGAAUUCUGGAUGUGUCAGCGGACACCUGAUUAAUCCAUAGAUCUGAACAUGCAACCUUGCUGGGUUUGGCUACAAAUUUUGCUCGUUGUAAUACAUUCUAAGGAAUUCAUUUUGUUUUGGGGUUUCUUUUGUGAUGCCACAAUGCCAACAUGUUGUGCUUCAGACCAUGCCUGGUUAUUCA